AUGUCAUUUUCUAGGCAGUCAGAAGUUGAACAUUGGGAGCGAAAAUUAUAUGACUAUCGAGAAAGUCAUUUCGAGCUAUCUGCCAGAGUGCACAUCUCUCACCUCGUCUUCGAGAGUGGGUUCGGAAGACGGAUGGACGGCCGGCAGAAUAUCCGUCGAUUGACACAAAUGAUGAAGAUGCAAGGCUGUCAACGCUUGAUGAGGGACAACCACGUGCCGGUGAUAGUCCCCAGGGCUCAUUGGCAAGAUCGCGUGCAGCCCCGAUCUGGCGGUGGAAUCAUUCCUAGCUUGGAUAUGGAGCUGGACUAUAGGCUGUGCGCAUACGACCACGAGAACCUCAUAACAGCUGCAAGGAAUUUCCUUGGCCACGACAAUCAGUGGUGGAUCGUAGAUGUCUAUCUAACAGAUAAUGAGGAAGGUGCGUUUGCUCAGUUUCAGCUCUCAGAGAUCCUCGUUGAUAAGUUUAUAGUGUCAUCAGACGACCACAGAAAUGAAGCGGAGUCUGUUCGCCACAAAUUCAUCCAAUCGCUGAAGGAGCGGUAUCCAAACGACAAUCGCCCACCUGAUGGACUGAUCUACGAGCGGAUUAACCGGUACGAAGGCUACCUCGAUACGCCCAGGGAUCCGCUUGCUGCGAAUAACUGGUGGGCUGUACUGGAGGCCCUCGCGGGAAGCAAGAAAGGAAAGUAUUUGAAGCAAUUUUUCAAACACGAGACCUUACACCAAAAGCUAAAUUCUUUGCUCGUUAUUCCGGGUCUCUGA